CUUUCCACCGGAAGUAGCUGUGAGUUCCUUGCCCUUAUUUGACGCGGUACUUGAGAGUAAUUCAGAGUUUGAGGCGAGUACGGCUGCCAGGCACCGGAUUACCGACCACUUCUGACUGUUAGCUCGUUUUUCCUUGGACAGACUCGCCUCUUGACAGUCAGUGACUGCCACACAUGCAUGGAGUAAUCCCCCAACAGUAGCACCACCAGCGGAUGAACCGGCUUUGUUUUCUGCCUUGUUGAACAGGUUAUGCUGCCCAAAAGCUGUCUGAGUCCCAGUGAGAAAGAGAAGGGCUAAAGCCGCACCAGUCCAAACCAGCUUCCCAGAGCCUGAACAACAGCAACUUUCCCUGCAGAGCCAUGAGCAACCCCAGCGCACCCGACCAGGUUACAGAUGCUGUUGCAUCAGUUGUUCACAGUCCAGAGGCUUCUCCAGCCUCUCCGCUUCACGGUCACCAACGUCGGGGAGAAGAGGAGGAUGAGGGCGACCUGAACAAAGCUUUGGGCGUUCAACGUUUCCAGCACAUUCUCCGCCCUGCGGCCUCUGUUCCAGACGAGCUGCUUCACUCCUACCAUGAGGAGGACAUCGAAUACCACCGUCACUACUCUCGUCACAUCCACCGACCUCUGUCCAAACUGCCGACUGAGGGACGAAGGAAGAAAGGCAGCAAGAAAAGGAAAAAGGACAAGGACCAUAAAAGCAGCCGUGCGCCCUCUAGUGGCCCAAUAGAGGAAGGGGAGGAUGAAGAGGAAGAGGAGGAAGAGAGCAUAGAGGCCAAUUCUGUUCUAUCGGAGUCUGAGAAACCCAGAGAUGUAGAGUUUUUCUUAUCGGAUGAAGACCAAAUUUCAAGACGUGGCAACUCGACCCGAGACCUAAACGAUGUUCCCCAGUCUCCUGUGAGAACAGAAGCCAAAGAUGCAUCCAUCUUCGAUAAACCCGACUCGCCCAGCUCCCCAAGCCCCGCUUCCCGUUCGGCUUCGCCCGAAAACCCGCCUCUGCUUCGGGUCUCCUCCGCCAGCCGCAGCUACGACCUGCAGGAGCGCCGACGGACGGGCAACAUGACGGGCGCCGAGCAAGCCAAGUACCAGCGCAUCCCCACGGACGAGAGCGAAGCCCUGACGCUGGCCUCCGCCGACCUGGACGGCAUCAAGAGUCAUCGAUUUGAGGAUGUUCCCGGCGUGCGCAGACACCUGGUCAGGAAGAGCACCAAGGGGCAGAUGGUGCACAUCGGCAAAGACCACAAAGAGCCGACGACUCGCAGCAAAAAGCAAGACCGCACCCCACACGAGGUGUUUGUGGAGCUGAACGAGCUGACGAUGGACAAGAACCAGGAGAUGCAGUGGAAGGAGACGGCUCGUUGGAUCAAGUUUGAGGAGGACGUGGAGGAGGAAACGGACCGUUGGGGGAAACCGCAUGUGGCGUCGCUGUCUUUCCGCAGUCUGCUGGAGCUCAGGCGGACCAUCUCCCACGGUGCGGUGCUGCUGGAUUUGGACCAGAAGACUCUGCCGGGUAUCGCCCACCAGGUGGUGGAGCAGAUGAUCAUUUCCGACCAGAUCAAAGCGGAGGACAGAUCCAACGUUCUGCGAGCUCUGCUGCUUAAACACAGUCACCCGAGCGAUGAAAAGGAGCACGUUAGCCAUUUCCCCAGAAACAUCUCAGCAGCCAGCCUUGGCAGCCUUUUACCGCACCACCACGCCGCCAACCACAACCAUCAGCUGGAGCCGUCUGUGACCGACCCGCUCAUGGGAACCGUCAAGUCCGAGGUGGACAAUGACGCUCGCAUCGACAUCGACAGGAACGAGCCACAGCAGAAGGAGCCGAGUCUCGGGCCGGGCAUGCAUCGAUCCAAGUCCAAACACGAGCUGAAGUUGCUGGAGAAGAUUCCGGAAAACGCUGAGGCCACCGUGGUUCUUGUGGGUUGCGUCGACUUCCUGGAGCAGCCCACCAUGGCGUUUGUGAGGCUCCAGGAGGCGGUGGAGCUGGAGUCCGUUCUGGAAGUUCCUGUUCCCGUCAGAUUCCUCUUCGUUCUGCUUGGACCUCCAACCACCAGCAUGGACUACCAUCAGAUUGGACGCUCAAUCUCCACCCUCAUGUCUGACAAGCAAUUUCAUGAGGCAGCUUACCUGGCGGACGACAGGCAGGACCUGCUGAAUGCCAUCAACAGCUUCUUGGACUGCAGUAUCGUUCUGCCGCCAUCGGAGAUGGGAGACGACGAGCUGCUUCGCUCUGUUGCUCGCUUCCAGAGAGAAAUGCUCCGUAAGAGGGAAGAACAAGAGCAGGUCAAGCUGCUGGCUAAAGAGCCGAAAAGCUUCGAGGACAAAGAGGCCCUUCUCAAACCUUCAAAACAGUCAGACGACCCCUUGGAGCGCACGGGCCGCCCCUUCGGAGGCCUUAUAAGAGACAUUCAGCGUCGAUACCCAAAAUACAUCAGCGACUUCAGCGACGCCUUGAACAGCCAGUGCAUGGCGGCGGUCAUCUUCAUCUACUUUGCUGCUCUCUCUCCAGCUAUCACAUUUGGAGGUUUACUAGGCGAGAAGACUGAAGGACUGAUCGGGGUUUCUGAGCUGAUCAUCUCGACAGCAGUCCAGGGAAUCCUGUUCUGCUUACUCGGAGCUCAGCCGCUGCUGGUCGUUGGUUUUUCUGGGCCCAUUCUGGUCUUUGAGGAAGCCUUUUAUAGUUUCUGCAAAUCAAACAACAUGGAGUACCUGACGGGCCGCGUCUGGAUUGGGUUAUGGCUCAUCGUCAUCGUGAUCGUCACGGUGGCCUUCGAAGGCAGCUUUCUGGUGCGCUACGUCUCCCGCUUCACCCAGGAAAUCUUCUCCUUCCUCAUCUCCCUCAUCUUCAUCUGCGAGACCUUCGUCAAGCUGGGCAAGAUAUUCAAGGAGCACCCGCUGAAACGCUGCUCAGUCAACAGCACCACAGUAGAAGAAGAAAAAGAAGUCGUACUAGGAAACAGAACGAUGAGGGAGCACAAUGACACCCACGUCGUCACGGUUACCGGGGAGCCUAACACGGCACUGCUUUCUCUGGUUCUCAUGGCCGGAACGUUCUUCAUCGCCUUUUACCUGCGGAAGUUCAAGAACAGCGCUUUUUUCCCCGGGAGGUGUCGCAGGAUUAUUGGAGACUUCGGGGUCCCCAUUGCGAUCCUGAUCAUGGUUCUGAUGGACUACAGCAUAGAAGACACUUAUACUCAGAAACUGAGCGUCCCCAGCGGUUUCUCUGUGACGAGUCCCAACAAGCGAGGCUGGAUCAUCAAUCCUCUGGGCUCGGACGGACGGUUCCCCGUCUGGAUGAUGUUCGCCUGCUGUCUUCCCGCGCUGCUGGUUUUCAUCCUGAUCUUCAUGGAGACGCAGAUCACAACGCUCAUCGUCAGUAAGAAAGAGCGGAUGCUGCUGAAGGGUUCUGGUUUCCACCUGGACUUGCUGCUCAUCGUGGUCCUCGGUGGCACCUCGGCGCUCUUCGGGCUGCCGUGGAUGGCCGCCGCCACUGUUCGCUCCGUGACCCACGUCAACGCCCUGACGGUCAUGAGCAAAGCCGUCGCCCCUGGAGACAAGCCUCGCAUCCAGGAGGUGAAGGAGCAGAGGGUCACCGGGCUGCUGGUCGCCGUCUUGGUUGGUCUGUCCAUUGUGAUCGGCGACCUGCUGCGUCAGAUUCCCCUCGCCGUGUUGUUUGGCAUCUUCCUCUACAUGGGAGUGAUGUCGCUCAAUGGCAUCCAGCUGACAGAGCGAAUGAUGCUGCUCCUCAUGCCGCCAAAGUAUCACCCUGACCACACCUACGUACGCAAGGUUCGUACGUGGCGCAUGCAUCUCUUCACCUGCAUCCAGAUGGUGUGCUUGGCCGUCCUUUGGGCCGUCAUGUCCACCCAGGCGUCUCUGGCUUUCCCCUUUGUCCUCCUCCUCACUGUCCCCGUCAAGAUGUUCGUGCUGCGUCGCGUCUUCAAUGAAAGAGAGAUGGCAUGUCUGGACGGUGAUGAUGCAGAACCAUAUUUUGACGAGCGCGAUUGUCAUGACGAAUACUCCGAGAUGCACAUGCCCGUGUAACGCCGCUCCCAGGCCUCGCAUCGCCACUCAAUCCAACUCCACUCGACACCGAAGCCCAUCAGAACCGCUGACCUCUGGGUCAGAAACUUGAAAGUAAAGCUCGCUGGAAGAAUCUGGUCAACAACACCUCUGCUUGGGCGCCUUUUUGUGUUUGAUAGCGACAACAAAAUGAAGAGAUUUAGCUUUAUUUCUUUAUUUUUUUUCAUGACAUUUUAUUUUUAUUUAAACAUUUAUUUCAGGGGACAAGAGAUUCCAAAUAAAACGAAGUGAUUGCAAGCUAAAAAUUAAUAUAUAGCAGUAGACGUAUGUGCAAAACUGAUAACAUUUUAGCCCUGAAAGGUUGCUAUGAUUCACAUUGAAUAUGUGGAAGAUAUCUAGGAUACAUUCCUUAACAUUAACAUGUUGUUAGUGCUAGUCAUGUUUUUUUCUUCCUUUUACACCCACUAAGCGCCUUAUGAAGGAAACGAGAUACUGAGCAAUUUUUUCCUCCUCAUUCUGUCUUAUUUUAGACAAUCACUUUAAACAUGAAGCUUGUAGCACUUUUUAUAAGAAACCAAAUCUGAACUGUAUUCUGUAUAAUUAUUUUAGCUGCUUAGUGUUCGUAGUGUGGCUUUAGUUGAGGGAUUUUUUUUUUCCAGCCUGCUUUUUCAUCAUUUUGUUUUGUUUUUAACUCGGAUGCUGCGGUUUAAAUCAAUUUCAGUGCCUGCAAUGAUGCAAGAUCACCAGCAGAGGGAGAUCUUGAAUUACUGUUAAUGUUUCACCAGAAAAUGCAAUUGUUCUGUUACAUUAAUGCCAUGAAAUCAUGUUUGUCAUCAUAGACUUCACUUUUUUUAUUUAAAAAAAACACAGUGGCGGUAUAGAUGCACUUGAAUUGUCCCCUCGCACAUGUGCAGGGCACUAAUGUUAUAAUAUGUUGUGACUCGGUGAGGAAAUGCUGUAAAGUUGUCACCAUUUUGUCCCAGUGCCAAAUAUCUACGGUUAGAAUAACAAGCUGCAGCAGAUUGGUUAUCUCCGAUCUGAUCCUGCGUUUUUUUUUUUUUCACUCUAAAACAUUCCAUAUUUUAACUUUUGCUGUGUUAAAACAGUCUAAUCAUUUCAGAUUCCCACACAGACUGAAAAGAAAAUCGAUGCGUAUCUGCUUUUUAAACUCUAUCUGACUCUAAACUCUAAUCAUUUUCAUCGUGCAGUUAAAGCUUUGACUGUCAAACACUUUAAAACUGACUUUGUUACAUUAUGUCAAACACUACUUUUCCCCUCUGAGUGCCUCAGCCUGACUGAGAUGGUGCCUUUCUGGGGUCAAAAGUCACAAAAAGUGAAGUGCCUGUAGGGGGAGGGGGGGGUGACCCACACGUGUGUUUAGGAUGGCACGUUAGUGUUCAGCACUUUUCAAACAUCUCUGGAUUAUGCAUCACUGCUGUUUGCUUAAAGAAUACUACAGAAGUUUUUUUCUGCUUUUAAUGUAUGCAAACACUUUUUUUGUUUUGUGCUGUCUGUUUCUGAUCAGUGUGCCUGUGUAGCUUCAGAUUCUGUGAUCAAGUCGUUAUGAAGAAGUGUGUAGGUUUGUUUUUAUUGCAAUACAAGUCCAUGAGACUGUUGCUGAUAACUUGUCCAUCAGACAUUGAUGACAAAUAAAGUAUUUUCUAUUUA